AUGCCCGACAAAAAGAAUCAGAAACAGAAACUUCGAUUUAUCCCUUAUAAAUUGAGAAAAUUUACUAGCCUAACCUCCAUCGCCGGAAGAGACAGUGAAUCCCUCGCAGAGGAUCCGGACGAAGGUAUUGACAAAAGUAACCAGACCCUCACAAAUUCUAACAGUACUAUUGACGGAGGUGAUUUGACCACUUUUGAAGGUAGCUCGUGUUCCAUUUUAGAUCAAAUGAAUCAAUCGACGCAACCAACUCAAGGCCCGGCAACCAAUCAGGUCGAGAUUUUCAACUCACUGAGAAUCCCCGACGCGAUUAAGGAUUUGCCUAAAUUCGACGGAAACCAAAAACUCCUGUACGAAUUCCUCAAUAACGUUGAGGAGAUCCUAUUAUAUAUACGUGGCACGGACAACACUCCGUAUGGCCAGAUUUUACUAAGGGCCAUACGAAACAAAAUUGAGGGACAGGCCAAUGAGAAGCAAAUUGCCCAAUUAGUGACGUUGGAAAAAGGGAAUCGAUCACACAAUAUCAAAACUCUCACAGUAAAAGACACAGCCCUUGUGCGUUUCCAGAACUGUGACGUCUCAAUAAAUGGUAUAACAUACCACGAUGAUACCGAUGCAUAUUGGGAUCAACUCCACAUACCCCCGUUACCAAACAGCAACAUUUCCGUAAACUCCACAAUCGAAAUACUUAGUCUUCAAAAACUCGAGGAUUUCAACUUUCUAACCAACAACAGAAUUAGCAACCUGGAAAUAACCACUACAACAGUUCACUCAGUCACAACAACAACAACAUUAGUAUGCACAAUAGUAGUCAUUACCAUACUCAUCAUUGUCAUUAAACGAAAAAAUACGUACAAACACCACUUUCCACCUCCACAGCCUAUCACUCCGACCACAACAUCUUCAUUGUGGCCGUCGCUCUAUCUUAAGGGGGGAGGAGUUACGACACCCACCUUAUUGUCUCCACCAAAACCAGUUACGACACCCACCUUAUUAUCUCCACCAAAACCACCGAGAACGUUAACCUAUUGAUUUAGGUCAUAAUUAACGCUGAAUAACCAAUAAAUAUAUUUGUCUCAUAUAACCAAUAUCAUUGUUAACACCAACUAAUUAAUAAGAAAUUGUUUUGUAACUUUUAUUGUAUAAUUCCAAGAAAUCUAGCUUUUACUUUAAUCAUCAUUUAUUAUAUUGUAACUUAGUUUUCUUUAAGAUUUAAAAUGAAAAUAAAAAUUAUUCUUUGUUCAGACUUCAAAUUGCAAA